AUAAACCUAGACGUUGUUACUGAAAAGACGUGUCCGUCUCGUUCAACCCAGCUCUACAAAGUGGUGACCCGGACGUGAUUCGCGGCACUGCCGAAGUAUUGUAGAGCCAUGCAACGCAACGAGACGCACCCCAACACGGAAGCUACUGGCACGACCGAUCAUGACGUCUCUGCGGUCUCCUUCCGACUUCCACCUUACUGGGACCGCAACCCUUCGAUCUGGUUCCUGCAAGCAGAGUCACAAUUCGUGCUUUCUGGCGUGCGCACGGAACAACGCAAGUACCAUCUCGUUGUUUCGGCGCUCUCACCUGCCGCUGCCGAAGAGGUAUGUGACCUGCUUUCAGGACCGCCCUCCGCCACACCAUACAGCACUCUCAAGGCUGCUCUGUUGGAGCGAACGACGGCAUCACAGCGUUCUCGCAUCCAACAACUGCUCUCCGCGGAGGAAUUGGGCGACCGCCGGCCAAGCCAGCUUCUUCGUCAUAUGCGUACACUGAUGAGUAGCAGCACAACCCCCACAGAUGACAACUUGCUGCGCGAACUCUUUCUGCAGCGCCUUCCGGCCAAUGUGCAAAUGGUCCUCGCCACUGCAUCCACGUUGGACCUCAACAGUUUGGCCAGCCUGGCAGAUAAAGUCCUGGAGGUAGCGACGCCGUAUGUGUGCAACGUCACGCCAUCAUCCAACAACGUGAGUGUCGUUCCACAGAUAUCAUCUGCCCCUGCUUCUCCUAUCGACGCACUUUGCCAUCGCUUGGAAGAACUGGUUUGUGCUGCGGAGCGUCAUUACCCCCCACCACGUCACCGAAGAAACCGCAGCCCAAGCACCCCGCGGUAUGGACGAGAACAACGCUCCCGGUCUCCCACACCACCAAGGAUGUGUUUUUACCACCGUCGUUUUGGGAAGGACGCGCGUCACUGUCUCCAACCUUGCUCGUGGCAGGAAAACAAGAAGGCCGACCAAUAA